UUGACUUAUGAUAUUGAAAGAAAAUGCAACUGGGCGUUUGAACUAUCUAGGAGCAAUCCAUACUGUUCUUGAAACUGAUCCUUAAGAAUAACGUUUGUUGUGCAUUUCUGACAUAGCACUUUUUUCUAUAAAUUAAAAAACAAAUAAUCAUAUGUAUUGAAAAAAAAAACUGUGAUAGAAAAGGAACUGAAUACAAUGAAUACAAGAAUGUGCUGUUGCGGACAAAUCACUGAAGACGAAUGUCAUGAUGAGUCAAAAAGACAGUUAGGCCUAUUUGUUUAUCAGUAUAGUGAUACUUUAUAAGACUAAAUUUCAAAUGUUGAUGAUAACUUCACAUAAAAUGUGUUUUCGUGUUCAGAUGGUGAUAUUCCUUUCGAUGAUAUAUAUAACAGGUUCUGAAUCAGGAAGAAUAUGUGCACAUUUUUUUAGCAAUCAAACUCUCAUCUCCAUUGAUAAAGAUUACCCUGUUUUAAAUGCUCAGGAAAAAGACGAGCCAGAAUCUGUCGAACAAUGCAAGGAAGCAAACUCUUGCUAUACGCUGUGGAAAGAAAUUGUUACACCAGAUAAUGUUACUAUCACCACAAUUCUUGCCCAAGGAUGUUGGGAAAGUUCGGGAAAGGAUGAGUGUGGAUCAAACGUGUGUAUGGCCACUCAUAAACAAACCAAGGCUCUGAACAACACCAAGUUCUGUUGUUGCACAGAGGACUUGUGCAACCAAAACCAUUCAGAACCGCUAGAAUGGCCAUAUUCAACGGAGAUGAGUCACGACUUUACAUUACCCAGUUCUCCAGCUGCGGUGAACACUUUGUCCCAGAGAGAGAUGUUGGUAGUGUUGGUGGCUUGUUCCUUGACUCUGGUUGCUGUGUUGGUUGCUCUGUUCGCCAUCUCACGUCGAUGGAGAGAUCCAGACAAGGGUUUACCCCCGGAUUCUGUCCAUCUGAUGGAAAACGCUCAUAGAGGCAACAAUGGCCAGAUUCUUGACCACAUUAAACUAUCUGCUAUCGUAGGUCAAGGACGCUACGGAACAGUCUGGACAGGCUACUUAGAGAACCAACAAGUAGCCAUUAAAGUCUUCCCAGCCGCUUACAAGCAGUACUACUACAAUGAGCGUGAUAUUUAUUGCCUUCCAUUCAUGGACCACCCUUCUCUCCUCACUUACUUCGGAUGCAGUGAAAAAAUGAUGAUUGAUGCUAACUGCGCUGAAUGUCUUCUAGUACUGUCCUAUUGCCCCAAUGGAUGUCUUCAAGACUACAUCCGGACACACGUCCUAGACUUUACCACUUUCUGUCAAAUGGCUCUCUCUAUAGCUAAGGGCUUGGCAUUCUUGCAUACCGAUACACGCAAAGGAGACAUGAGCAAGCCUUGUGUGUGCCACCGAGAUCUUAACACACGCAACAUCUUGGUGAAGGGAGACCUCACCUGUUGCCUCUGUGAUCUGGGAUUGGCUAUUAAACUGAGUGGUUCUCACUACUACACUCUGGGCGAGGAGCAACACGCAGAGACCAAGUCCAUCAGUGAUGUGGGCACACUGCGGUACAUGGCCCCGGAGGUUCUAGAAGGAGCUGUCAACUUGCGAGAUUGUGAAUCUUCUCUCAAGCAGAUCGAUGUUUAUGCUCUUGGCCUAGUACUGUGGGAACUGGCAAUCCGAUGCUCUGACUUUUACCUGCCGAAUGUUGAAUGUGCACCUUAUAGAAUGCCUUUUGAAUCUGAAAUAGGUCAACACCCAUCAUUUGAGCAAAUGCAAGUGUUGGUGACUCGUAAGAAGGCGCGGCCACUGAUUCCUGAAGGUUGGUUAGACUGUGCUGCUACAAGACUUGUGCGAGAAACCAUCGAUGACUGUUGGGACCAAGACGCAGAAGCUCGCCUCACAGCUCUCUGUGUAGAGGAGAGACUCGUGGAACUUUCAACUUUAAAUUUUAAAGGAACGGGUACAAUUGGAGUUAGUCCUACAAUAAACAUGACCCAUACUUUCAUGUCACUGCCCAAUUACAACAACAACAACCACAAAAAUGUUGAAUCUGCUGAAGAUACAGGAGACAAGGAAGGAAUAGAUUCAAAUCUCUCUGAAGGUACUGUGGAAACAUUGCUGACCCUCUCACCCUCAGAACCUUGUGUGGAGUCCAUUGCAAAUAGCAAAAAUUCCAACAAUCGACCAAGUCAAGUGAUGCCUUUGCAGCCCUACCAAGGUCGCAACCCUUGCUUUGAACGCAACCUGAUGUGGGAUGCCAACAGUCAGCACGAUUUGAUCGAUCGUUCCAUGAAACACAAUCCCCACAACUACUCAGACAACCUCAGUCUGGUCAACAGCGACUACUUGAACCCACCUCCUCGAGUCAACGCUCCCAUACCGUUUGUACAGAAUGCUGUAUUUGAUAAUCCAACUGUCCCUAAACAGCCCAACGUCCCAGGUAAUGGUAGCUUUCACAAACCAUUUAGCGGAAUUCUCUCUAGACCUUUAAAAAAGUUAUUAGAAUCAAAGAAAAACAGAUCUGAUCCCUCCCCUAAGUCGAACCUUCGAUCUAGACCUUUGAAGGAAACUGAAGUCAGCCUCGGUGAUCAAAGGACUGUAACUGCUGUUCUAGGCACCGAAAAAGAAAAUACUUCUUCUGUAGGCUCUAAAAAUAGUACGCGAAGUAAAGAUAAGAACCGAGUGAGUGACAUGAAGGUGAUCAUUUCGCCAUUUGAAGAGUCUUCUGAAGGUAUUGUAAAACACAAGUCUGCUGAGAGGCCUUCCAGUUUACCCCUUGUAAAUUGUAAAAAUAACAACGUAGAAAAAAAGACAAAUUUAGAUGAUAUUUUUACUGAUAAGAGUAAGAAUAAGUUAAAAGAUCUUGCCAGCCGAAUAAAAACACCGGGUGAUGUACCCCCGUCUGUCAGGCGCAAACGUGGCAAAAGUGUAUUGAGGGAGACUAGGUUCUCUCUGUACGAUGAUCGUAUGAUGGAGGGUAUAAACCUUAAUGAUCCAGGUAUGGAAACCAAUGUGACCACACAAUCUAUUCCCAUGGGCAUAGAACUGUCAGGUAGGCAACAAGCAAGGUCACAUUCUAGUUUUUGAUUCUCCUCAGGUUGAAUGUAAUGUCAGUGUUCAUAGUAUGAUUGAUAGGUAUAUCAUAUACUGUAAGUGUUUAUUCCCUUGAAUAUUGCUUGAAAUUAAAUACAACUGUUUGAAACUGUUGUAAUUAGUUUAAAUCUGCUUAAAGAUCUUGAGUUAUUCGUUCAUCUGUUAAUGCUUAUAAGUCGUUGAUGUGUAGUUAAGUUUUAGACCAGAAAUGUAAAACAUUUUAUAUUCCUACCUAAUAACACUUGUAAAUCAGGAAUAAAAACAUUAUUUUUACUGCGGACAGUUAAUUCUCUGACAAGUAAAUUCUUACUCCAAGAGUAAAAAGUUCAAACAUAAUAUUUUAAUAUAUGCAUGAUAUUAUUUCACAUUAUCUAUGAUGAAAUCGACACAUAUGUAUAUAUAAACCUCGCCACCCUAACUUGAGGCAGCCCAAACUGACCUGCAGCGCAAUUACCAGCUGGUCCCGCACAACCCUAUUACAAUCCUAUUAGCGACGCUUCCAUGAACGCCCUAGUACAGUAUUAACAUUAGUAAAAUUAUAAUAGGAUGUAUUAAUUUACUCGUAAUCACCUAUUAAUGAUGUAUUAUAUAAUAUAUGUUAAUGACAUUGAUUUGACAAACAUUUCUGUUUUUGUCCCAUCUAAAACGGACAAUGUUUAUGGUUUAUACUUAUAUUUUUUGUUUGUAGCUCAAAGCAGAUGGGACGGAAACAGAAAUGAUUGUUAAAUUUAUGCUAUCAAUGUAAACCAGUAAAUUAUUAUAUCAGAUUAUCAUUUUAUUAAUGAUAAUAUUGAACUAGGGCAUCCACGGAAGCGUCACUAAUAGGAUUGUUCGGGGCCAGCUGUUAAUUACCCUACAGGUCAGGAUGGCAAGGACUAUAAUAAGUUGUAUUUGCUGCAGUGUCCUUAUUACACUGUUACUUGAUUUACAGAUGUUCAAUAACAGGUACUAUUUGAUUAGGAUUUAAUUUAUGCAUGAGUGGUUAAUAAAAAGUAUUGAAUUGUUUAUGAAAGAGUUUUGAAAUAUCAUUGAAACACUAAAUAAUGACACAUGAAUUUAAGACUUAUACACAAUAUAAUUAAUUUUUUUUAUGUAAAGUGAGUGAAAUCCAGGAAAAUCUUUUGUCAUGAUUUUUAGUUUAUUUUAAUUUAACUACUUAUUAAGAUUGAUAAAAAAUUGUAGUGAAUACAGUUUUGUCUUACUAGCACACAUAUAUUAGCAAACAAAGAAAUGCAAUUGAAGGGGUUUUGUAUUUUAUAACAAUUCAUAAUCGAUCUCAGGGUUAAGCGUCACUGCCUUCGUUCUUUUCAUGAUUUUUUAUGCUUAAUGUAGAAGAAAUUGCAAUACUUAAAACCUGCACUUUUUAAAAUUCUAGAUUUCUAAAAUCGUACUUAUUUACAAACAACAUUUUAUUUUAUAUCAAUCAAAGUGAAACAAACAAAAUGAAACAUAUAAUAAAUUCAAUUGAAAAUGAUCUCUACCCCCAAGGUUAAUGUCACUGCUUCGACAACGGCUAGAUCCGUCAUGUCUACUGAGCAACCUGCGUAGGUCUGUCGUUCUAUUAAAUGUGGCCGGCCUACUUAAAUGUUUUUUUUUAUUUUUUUAUUGUGAACUUUAUGUGUUGACAUGUGUUUUACAUCAACGAAGACUUCCGUAGGAUUUAUUGACCAAUUUGAUGUGGGUUUGAAAAUUGGUCAUUGUACCCGAAACUAGUUACCCCAGACUAAUUUAAAGACUGAAGACAGACACAUAACCUAUCAUAUUAUUCAUACAGUCUUGGUGGCAAAAAUGUUUCCACAUUUCUUUGAUCUGUGAGAUUGUUAUGUUUUAUGUUUAAUUCCUUCAGCCCUUAAACCUUUCAAAAGUCAAAUGUGAUGCUCAAUCCUAAGGUGACUAAAAUGUUUGAUGAAAUCUUGCACUAACACUAAUGGUGGAUGGGAAAAAGGUUAUUCCUCUCUUUUCUACUAGAGAUUUUUUAAUAAAUGUUUCCGAACUGUCAGGAGCAUAUUGGACUGGUGCAAGCACCCCAACUGUACUACUCCAAUUAUAAUAUACACAUUAUAUAUUCAUUGGUUUUUUCAUGGUUUUGUAUACCUAAUUAUUACAAUAAUGUAAUCCGUAUUUUACUUGCUAAGACUGACAGUAUUACAGUAUAUCCCAACCUUCAAAGUUAAAACCCAUUGUUAAAAAUGUUUGGUUUAAAAAAAUUGUAAAUUUGUCAAUUUAGCUGGUCAAAUGUGUGAAAAAUCUCUCAGAAUAACUUCUUAAUUUGCAAUUAAAUAUUAGUUUUAUCUCUUGAUUAGCCUUUAUUAUAAAUACAGUAGACACUUUUUAAACCAAGGCUGCCAGAUGGUUUACCGUCAUAAACAGAAAAAGAAAAUUAAUGAGUUUGUUAAAGAAACAUUCAAGUAUUCAUUGAUUUUUUUUUGGACUAAACGAAGUAAAAUUUGGUCAUUGUUGUAGUGUGCCUACAAUAUAGAAGAGCAAUCUUUGUAAACUCAAGUGAUAAAUUUUGUAUUGUCUACAUAAAUUCCAAUUAGUAUUAUAGAAUGGAAUUUUUAUAAUUUUGUGUUGGUUUAUAGUUAUUAUGUUUCCUCUGAUUGUAAUUGAAGACUGGUACAACAUUUUUUGUACAAACAAACCCGGUAUUAGUAAUUUAAGAUAUCUAAAAUCCAAUGACAAUGUUUGUUCAGAUCCCCAACUUAAUUAUCUCAUAAAGUGUUAGUUAUUUUUAACAUCUAUCCUAUGACAACUUUUAUGUUUAUGCUGAUAUGUGUUAAGGUAUGGUUUGUUUUAAUGAUUUUCAAUUUAUUUUAAGUCAAGUAAUUUAAAAGCACAAAGCUUUUAAAAACUUUGGGUGUCGUCAAUUGGGCAUUAUUAUGUAGUUACCAUGUUUAUUUUGACAUUUAAAAUAUCUUAGUUUAAUGUAGUAGUUUAUUUUCGUAUCGGCCCUCAUGUUGAUUAAUUUGCGUUGCCUAUUGGUGGUUCUGAUAAGAGCAAGGUAUUUUAUGGACAGCGAAGGUUUAGACCCAUUCAGCAAUUUUCAAACAAAAAUAAACUAUGUUGCUUGUAUCUUGGGAUAAACAUAUAAGGCAAAUCAUGCAUUAGCUUAACAUGUAAGAAAGUUUCUGAAAAACUGUAAUUUGUCUUUUGUUUUGAAGUACACAAAAUAUUGUUGCAUUAAACUUGUAGAACAAAUUGAAUGAUAUGCAUAAUAUUGCAGAAUAUUUUAUUGACUUCUCUUUCAAGGGUACGCUCAAAUAAGUUUAUUUCAUUUUAACUGUUUUAUAUACUAGUUCAAAUUCGUAUGAUGUCAUAACUGUCAUGAUUUCCUGGUAGUUUUUUAAAUGAUGGUGAAUUAUUUAAAAUUUUCAUUUGCAUGUUUUACUAAAUCAUGGUACACUUAAACCUCACUAACUUGACAAUUUGUGUACGACAGAAGUUGUCGAGUUUGGGGGUUAUAAAUUUUUCCAGAACAUUGACAUUUUUAAUAGCUGUUUUAAUAAAUGAAUACAUAACAGACUCAUUUUUAAAUGUAUUAAAUUUUUACUUACGUGAGUAUUUCUAGAUAUUGAGUACCGUAAACAAUCUUCAAAGAAAUUUGGAAUAUUCAACAAUUAAAACAAUAAAAGUCUAACACAAUAGUAAGAGAAGCCAGCUAGAUGUGCGCCCUGACGUAUUAGCUGUUGACUGUUCAGUUAUCGGGUGUCGAGUUGGCGAAGUUUUACUGUAAUGACAAUGUGUCUAAAGAAACAUUUUCAGAUAGAGAUUUUGAAAGAAAAUGAGGUUCAAACUAAACUCAGCCAUUUUAUGUAAGGAAAAUGUAAACAUGUAUUGCUUAAUUUUAAGGUAAUAUCAAGAUAGAGUGGUUGGGUACCAUAAUACAUAAAGGUUGUAGGUAUCAAUAUAAUUGCCUAAUCAUUUUUAUCAGGCUUAACCGUUAAAACCAACUAUUUCAAGUAGCUCUUUUAUAAUGUUUAAGAAUGAAUGUUUUAGUAUUCCUAUUUUAUUUUAAUAUCAUGUAUGAUUCUCACUUGAUUCUUAAAAUAUAAGUAUUUGCUGUUUUAUUUUUUAUGUUUCUAAUUAUGUUCAAAAUAAAUACUGACUGCCGAAGCAUCUCUUGUAUUACUAAUUACAUCAGUACUAUUUUUAGUCCAGUAGUUACUAUAGAUUUGCAUAGGUUACAAUUAACAAUUUAUAGUUUUAUUUUUGUUUAAAAUUGUUAUUAUUUUUAUUUAGUCUAUAUAACUUGAAAAGUUAUUAUAUGCUGUAUAUGUUUCAAAAGUAUUAUAUCCUUAUCAUUUUAGUCAAUUUUAAGGUUAUAAAAUGAGACAAUGUCCAAUAAGAAUUUAAAAGUAUUCCUAAAGUUAAACAUUGUGUACUUGUUUUUAACCAAGUAAACUGCAGACUGUUUUGUUUGUGGUUUAUGUACCUUUUAAAUGUUGCUCUACCUCUGUUGUCUCAAUUAAUCUUGUCAAAGUUCUUCAAUUUUAUUUUGACUGCAUGGAUAUGUUAUCAAUACUAUGUAAUUACUAUUUUUAUUCACUUAGUUUCACGGUAGAUCAGUUACCCCAAAACAAACAACUUGAAUAUUUUCUAGGGGUUUAGGUAGGUACCUCUAUCAAUGUUCUCACAAGUGAAAAGCACUGUUAAAUGCACAAGACUUGAAAAUGUAAGGUAAUGUUACAUUUUGUAAUUGUCGGUUGUAAAACAGUAUAUAAAUGCAACUUGUAUUCUUUUUUAAAAUCUACACCUUCAUUGUAUUUAUUAGAAAUGUUUUUUUGGCCUGUGAUUUUGAUAAACAUAUUGACUAAUUGUA